AAUAUCCGUCGCGUCGAGAACGCUGGUUAGUCUUGUUUCGGGUUCCGGCUGCGUUGGGCUUGCGUGCGGCUCGCUAAGACUAUGGCGUCCGGGCCUCAUUCGACAGCUACUGCUGCCGCCGCCGCCUCAUCGGCCGCUCCAAGCGCGGGCGGCUCCAGCUCCGGAACGACGACCACGACGACGACCACGACGGGAGGGAUCCUGAUCGGCGAUCGCCUGUACUCGGAAGUUUCACUUACCAUCGACCACUCUCUGAUUCCGGAGGAGAGGCUCUCGCCCACCCCCUCCAUGCAGGACGGGCUCGACCUGCCCAGCGAGACGGACUUACGCAUCCUGGGCUGCGAGCUCAUCCAGGCUGCCGGCAUUCUCCUCCGGCUGCCGCAGGUGGCGAUGGCAACGGGGCAGGUGUUGUUUCAUCGUUUUUUCUACUCCAAAUCUUUCGUCAAACACAGUUUCGAGAUUGUUGCUAUGGCUUGUAUUAAUCUUGCAUCAAAAAUCGAAGAAGCACCUAGAAGAAUAAGAGAUGUGAUUAAUGUAUUCCACCACCUCCGCCAGUUAAGAGGAAAAAGGACUCCAAGCCCCCUGAUCCUUGAUCAGAACUACAUUAACACCAAAAAUCAAGUUAUCAAAGCAGAGAGGAGGGUGCUAAAGGAGUUGGGAUUUUGUGUUCAUGUCAAGCAUCCUCAUAAGAUCAUUGUUAUGUAUUUACAAGUCUUAGAAUGUGAACGUAAUCAAACCCUGGUUCAAACUGCCUGGAAUUACAUGAAUGACAGUCUUCGAACCAAUGUGUUUGUUCGAUUUCAACCAGAGACUAUAGCAUGUGCUUGCAUCUACCUUGCAGCUAGAGCACUUCAGAUUCCAUUGCCAAGUCGUCCCCAUUGGUUUCUUCUUUUUGGUACUACAGAAGAGGAAAUCCAGGAAAUCUGCAUAGAAACGCUUAGGCUUUAUACCAGAAAAAAGCCCAACUACGAAUUACUGGAAAAAGAAGUAGAAAAAAGAAAAGUAGCCUUACAAGAAGCCAAAUUAAAAGCAAAGGGAUUGAAUCCAGAUGGAACUCCAGCCCUUUCAACCCUAGGUGGAUUUUCUCCAGCCUCCAAGCCAUCAUCGCCAAGAGAAGUAAAAGCUGAAGAGAAAUCACCAAUCUCCAUUAAUGUGAAGACAGUCAAAAAAGAACCUGAGGAUAGACAACAGGCUUCCAAAAGCCCUUACAAUGGUGUAAGAAAAGACAGCAAGAGAAGUAGAAAUAGCAGAAGUGCAAGUCGAUCAAGGUCAAGAACACGAUCACGUUCUAGAUCACAUACUCCAAGAAGACACUAUAAUAAUAGGCGGAGUCGAUCUGGAACAUACAGCUCGAGAUCAAGAAGCAGGUCCCGCAGUCACAGUGAAAGCCCUCGAAGACAUCAUAAUCAUGGUUCUCCUCACCUUAAGGUCAAGCAUACCAGAGAUGAUUUAAAAAGUUCAAACAGACAUGGUCAUAAAAGGAAAAAAUCUCGUUCUCGAUCUCAGAGCAAGUCUCGGGAUCACUCAGAUGCAGCCAAGAAACACAGGCAUGAAAGGGGACAUCAUAGGGACAGGCGUGAACGAUCUCGCUCCUUUGAGAGGUCCCAUAAAAGCAAGCACCAUGGUGGCAGUCGCUCAGGACAUGGCAGGCACAGGCGCUGACUUUCUCUUCCUUUGAGCCUGCAUCAGUUCUUGGUUUUGCCUAUCUGCAGUGUGAUGUAUGGACUCAAUCAAAACAUUAAACGCAAACUGAUUAGGAUUUGAUUUCUUGAAACCCUCUAGGUCUCUAGAACACUGAGGACAGUUUCUUUUGAAAAGAACUAUGUUAAUUUUUUUGCACAUUAAAAUGCCCUAGCAGUAUCUAAUUAAAAACCAUGGUCAGGUUCAAUUGUACUUUAUUAUAGUUGUGUAUUGUUUAUUGCUAUAAGAACUGGAGCGUGAAUUCUGUAAAAAUGUAUCUUAUUUUUAUACAGAUAAAAUUGCAGACACUGUUCUAUUUAAGUGGUUAUUUGUUUAAAUGAUGGUGAAUACUUUCUUAACACUGGUUUGUCUGCAUGUGUAAAGAUUUUUACAAGGAAAUAAAAUACAAAUCUUGUUUUUUCUAAA